AUGUCGUCCACCAGCAACGCCUCCAUUGACAAGUUCAACGGAGACAAUUACGCAACGUGGAGCCGGUACAUGCGCGGUGUGUUUUUGACGAAGUCCGUCUGGCACGUUGUCAACCGUGAAGUGACUCCGACUUUCACCGACCCGCGAGCGUCCGAUGACUACGUCAAGGCAAGCAACGUCGCGUUUGGUAUGAUGCUGCUGCACAUGAACGCGGACUACCAUCAUGUGCUGGACAACUGCGAGGAAGCCUGGGUUGCGUGGACAAGUCUGAAGACGCUGUACGGUGGGUCGCAGAAGGCAGGACGCAUCUACCUCAAGCGACAACUUUUCAGUAUCAAGAUGGCUGAAGGCGCGAAUGUCAUGCAUCACUGCAACGAGGACCUCAACAUCUCCACCAAGCUUAGCGGCAUCGGUGCGAAGAUGGAAGACGAAGACGUUGCUGAUGAACUUUAG